AUGCAGCUUCUCGUUGGCCUGGCCGGUUGGCUUGUGUACCUAUCGCUAACCAGUCAUGUUCUAUCAGUACCUAGCCCGCAAUCAAUCCGCAGUGAUCUGACUAUUCUCACUCACAACGACUUGUAUGGCAAUUCGAGUACCAGACAAGCGGCGACAAUCGUCUUGAGCGCUCGCGGCUCGAAGUCAAACGCCGAGACGGGGUGUAAAGCACUGCAAGAGACGCUGUGGGACCCGGCAGAUCUUGCAGAAGCUGACUUCUUGCGAUAUUUGGCGUACGAGAAAGCUCACGACGAUAUUGACCAGUACUGGAUCCGGAGCCGAAGCAACACAGGCUGCAAGGCGAUAACAACGCUCGGCAAGAUCAAGACUGUGCCGUGUAACAAACAGUUACCGGCUCUGUGUUCCCAGUCAGCGCCGUUGAGUUCGACGUCGAGCAACAACACGGGCCUAGAAUGGCAGAUAGCCGUGCGCACUGGCGAUGGGACAGUUAUCGGCUACCGCGACAAGCUUUCGUUCCGCUUUCUGGGGCUUAAAUAUGGAUCCUUUCCUUCUCGGUUCACCUAUUCCGCAUACCAGGCGCCCAUUGGUCAAGUCUCGGCUCUGGCUUACGGUCCAGGUUGCAUCCAGAGUAGUUGCACUGAUGCAGCCUGCAGCGAACAAUGUCUCUAUCUGAACAUCUGGACCCCGCAUCUACCCUCCAAUGCGAGAUCAUCCAAGAAAGCCGUAAUGUUCUGGAUCCAUGGUGGAGCCUUCAUGAGUGGGUUUGGUUCAGACACAACAUUUGAUGGCGGCAGCAUGGCAUCGAGAGGUGAUGUUGUGGUGGUUACCAUCAACUACCGUCUUUCCACCCUCGGCUUCCUCGCGACAAGCCAAUCUGGAUCGCACGGUAAUUACGGGAUAUCAGACAUGGUGGCAGCGCUGGAUUGGGUGCAAAAGCACAUCGAGGAUUUCGGUGGUGAUAAGGAGAGGGUCACCGUAUUUGGGCAGAGCGCUGGCGGUGCUUCGGUCAGGGCACUGCUUGCCUCGCCCCGCGCCAAAGGGAAAUUUUCCAGGGCUAUAAUGCAGUCAUGUCCAGGCGGCAUGGGGUACUCGUUGUAUCCCAGCAUAGCGGAAGCUGCAAAUAAGACCAACGCCAUAUAUGCUGCAAAUGGAUGCGCGCAGCAGGAUGAAGCAGGUCGACUUGCAUGCCUACAGAAGGCGGAUCCUGCUAAGCUCGUGAAGGGUGCAACGAUCUGGAAUUUUCCGGUCGUCGACGGCACAUACCUGACCUCGUCCGAGCUCCUGUUGGAUGGCUCUGGUCCUGCUUCUGAUGUUGCACUCAUUACUGGCGUUAUGCACGACGAUGGCGGCCCUUUCACUUCUUUCUCGAAAAGCCUCAAUGCCUCUCAAAAGCUCACAGAUCAAGGCUAUGAUGCCAAUGACAUCCUUGGCUCCGGUCUCUUUCCUGUUCCGCAAUCAGGAAACGCCACUUUGGACAUCUUCAAUCUCACCGCUCGCGUCACGACGGAUGUCUCGUUUCGUUGUCCAACUCAAUCAACGGUUUUCUCGGCAGUCAAGAACGAAGUGUUCCCAGUAGUCUACUCAUACGAAAUCGAUCGCGGUCUUCAGCUUACCACGUGGAGCCCCAAUCCAACCACGUGUGAAGCGCCCAUGACGGCAGAGCACCCGCUCGGUGACCCCAAUCUGCCGUACUGGAAAUGCCACAGUGGAGAGCUGUAUUAUGAGUUCGGUACGGCGAUACGCGAGGGUCGUCAGCCGCGUGAUCAGGAGGAUGUCCCUUUCUCGCAGUAUCUGCUGGAUACGUGGACCGCAUUUGGCCGGACGAAGAAUCCGAAUCCGGAUAUGAAGUUCCUGCAGGCGAGAGGAUUUACCAAUACCUCGGCUGUCCUGAAGAAGACCACGCCAUGGAAGCCGACGACUGUCAAGGAUUUGAGGCUUAGGGUGUUAGAUGUCCAGCCAAGAGAUGAGGGUUUCAGGGAGGUCAAGCAGUGCGAGGUGCUCAAGCUGCCGACGGAUUACUACUUAAGUUCGGAUCACCCAGCUGAUGAAAAUCCUUUACCGUGA